CCUCCCUCCCGCCGCCAUCUUCGCACAAUCGUAAAGCAAAAUGGCGGCGCUGGAAUGGAUGGAGGACGACCGCUGACAAUAAUAAAACACCAUACCCGAGCAGCUCGGCCGCAUCGCGCACCUUCCCCUUGUGCCAAAGGUACGUGCCCUUUUAUUUUUUGGGGAAAAAAAGCAACAAAACUUUUUUUGCGCCGCCGGAACUCAGCGGCUCGCUUGGUGCUCGGGGUUGACGGUGGGUCGUUCGGUUUGGAUAUGGGCUUUCUUUUUGAAGUGCAUGCUUCGUGUGCCAGCUUUUCUUCCUCGCCUUGCGUCCAGCUGCUUGGUUGGGUUGUGGCUUUUGGGAGCAGUGAACACGGUGGCGUGACAUGUUCACGCUGACACAAACCAGGCGGCAUGGGGCACACACAGCGCUUCCAUGUCUUUCUUGCCACGCCAACAUGACAUUCCGGACCAAUGUUUGGGUUUAUUGCCCACCCCAACAAUCAGGAUAAAUAAAAAGUUAGGUUUUUAAUCUAUUUUUUACUGUUAUAUGUUUUGAGCCUCGAAAUAAUGAUGUCUUUACGAAUGGGUUUCUGCAACUCUCCACACUCGCACACAAAGUAAAAUCAAUUCUUGAUUCUGGGCAAAAUGGGGGAAACAUACCAGGAAAAUGUGGGAAUUAAAAAGGGCUUGUACUUUGUGGCUUUCUAUUCUAUCCCUUUCAACUUGGGUUGCUAAUGUUGAAAUAUGCCCCCCAUAUCCUAUAUUUAUAUUUAAUUUUCUUGGUGUUAGAUGGCUUUUGUUACCAAAGAAUAGCACCAAGGCCAAUGAUAUACACAACAUUAACCUUUGGAUUCCUGUGUGAUUUUGUUUUAAUGUUGUAAGAAGGUAAUUACUAUCAGGAGGAUUUGAGAGUUAAUUAAAUAUGGAUAAAUUGAAGCAUUGCGUAAGAAGUUUUUAAGUGUUUGUAUAACUUGUGCAAGCUAUAAAUUUGCAAUCAUGACUUUGGAGGUUUUAAAAUAAAAAGUGACCGUUUAAUUCAAUUCUUGAAAUGUAAGAUAGUUAAAAGUUCACCAUUGGCAUGAUCAUGGACAGUAUAACAAUGUAAUUUUAAAUUUUCAAUUAUGGUGAUACUACCUCUGAUUAGAAAUUCAAAGGUAUAGUGGUUCAUUGUCUUGGCUUUUGAAAACUGAUAACGCAUAUCUUAUUUCAUGUUUGAUCUCAAAUACUUCCAUGUUAAUAUUCUUUAUAAAUUAUCUCAAUUGGAAAUGUGUAGUUCUAUAAAGUGUGCUUUAUAGCUAAAUAAUUAUUUUCAAAUUACAUUAAUUAUUUUGCAGCCAUACACAGUGUCCAGUUUCUACAUAACCCAUCCUGAAAAUGAAUUUAAGACCGAUAUCGUUGGUGUUUAGUCCCUUUGGCCUCCAGCUACAACAUGGCUUUGAAAGACACAGAUGGGGCUGAGGAGUGUAAGGAGAUUAACACAUUUGAAGCCUCUGGAUUGAAGAUGAAUAAUACAGAUAGCAUGAAGACCCAUAUUAGUUCUCCUGGUGCUAAAAGCGGAUUUGUAGAUGAAAAAGACCUCCCAUCAACCACUGUUACGACAAGUAUACCUCAGACCUUAACAGAGAAUCAAAUGUCAGUUCCCAAUAGCAAUAUUUUAAACUUGUCUAAACAUCUGUCCAGGAACAGUUCUAUAAAAGCCUUAAGUGGAACCCAGCAGACUGUGUUUAUGCAAACUGGUGCUCCUACUGUUUCGAAUGCAAAACUUACCUUGCCUACAGUCACUGCUGUGAGGGAUAUAGUUCCACAAUCCUCCACAACUAAAUCUUCCAACACAAAGCAGGCUGAUGUUUCCUUAAGCAUUUCUCAAUCUCUGUGCCAGUCAGUUGCAGAUUCUAGCCCAUCAUCUCACUUUGUUCAGUCUGUUCAGGGUACAACAUCAUCUGGCAAUUCAGAUAAAGUUCAGCCAGUAGCACCAGCCCCUGUCUUCUUGCUGGUCCCCAAAUUAGUGCCUUUUCAGGGUCAAGUUAAUACACAGUCUAAAACGAUGAGUCCUUUGCCAAUCGCGGACCGCAAGUCUACUGUCCAGUCAAAUGGUGCUUCUACAAGCCAGUUGUUAUAUUGUCAAGAAAGUGAAAAGACAAAAGAUAUUAAGGGUAAAAGAAUGUUAAGUUCUUCAGAUAUUCAUGUCGUUGAAUCGGAAACUUUCAAUGAUGCUGGCUUUAAUUGGGACCCUGAAAAAGAAUUCAUGCAGUUUCUGCUAAGAAACGAAAAGGAUGAUCAGAUGGUUCACAUUGAUGGAAAUUCUCAAGUCCAAUCAAACCUGGUGUAUGGAAGAAAAAGGAAGCGGAAAAUGGACAUUGUUCAGAUGGUGGAUUUCUCUGAACUGGAAAAUCCAGAAAUACACCUUAUACCGAACAAAUCUGCAAUCAAUUUGGAAGGAAUGGAACAUGGUGAAGCAAAGGUUUCAGUUGUAAAACCAAAAUACUUGUCUGCCAAAAAAAAUCUUGUUGGCGAGACAGGAUCAAAUCUUCCCAAAGAAACGGUGGAAGCAAUUAAACAGUUAAUCUUCAGUGAUUAUAAAUUUCCUGUAAAAAACCUAGAAGCAGCAAGAACAAAUGUUGCUGCAACUGCAUAUGUAGAAGAAACUUUACCUUUUGGUUCAACAGUUUUUCCUCCAGGUAGUGCGAUUCCGAUAGAUGAUCUCCAAACGGGUUCUGAGUCACCAUCAGAUGAUGAUACCGAGACAGAACCAUCAUUUUACCCCUGCACUAAAUGUAAUGUCAAUUUCAGGGAAAAGAAGCAUUUGCAGAGACAUAUGAUAUAUCAUUUAGAAGGGCACAGUAAAACAAAUCUGCCAAGACCAUAUAUAUGUAAAGAAUGUGGAAUUGCAUUUCGUGACCGUGCACCUCUCCAAAAGCAUCGGAGUCUUCAUCAAGAAAAAAGAGAGAGAUUGAUGGAGGAAAUUCGUGAGCUCCGCACAUUUCAGGAUGAAGGCCGUAAUGCAAAAUUACAAUGUCCACAAUGUGUAUUUGGAACAAACUGCCCUAAAACAUUUGUGCAACAUGCUAAAACACAUGAGAAGGACAAAAGAUACUACUGCUGUGAUAAAUGCAACUUCAUGGCAGCAUCAAUGGAUGAACUUGAAGGUCAUCAAAUUUAUAUUCAUGAUGCAGUUAUUAACAAAUCCAUUCAAAAACCUUUGAAAGGUGUAUCAUUGGAAAAUGUAAUAAGUCACUGUAAAACAGGAGGUAUAUAUGUAUGUAGGAAAUGCCCUUUUACCACACCAGUUAGGAGUAUCUUCAAAAAGCAUGUCAAAUACUUACAUCAACGUCUUUAUCAUGUUCAACAUAAAAAUGAACAUGGAAUAAAAAUACCUGGCUUGAGCUCAAAACCAUUUAAUUUGUUGAAUGACAACAAGGCUGCAUCACAAAAGUCUGAAUAUCUGAACAAACCUAUUAUAAGGGGAGGUAUAAAAAGGGAUUUCGAAGCACCUGAUUCACUGGGAAAUUUUUCGGGGUUGUACAAGGGCAAUGGUAACGCUAUUACUCAGAAGCCAUGCUAUAGAGCCACAGAAAAUAUACACCGUUCACCUGAUUCUGUAAUAGAUUAUAGUAAAUCCUCAAUAAAGAUUCUGACAGGAUUAAACACUGGUAAACAAAAGGUUAGUUUCCUGCAUCAAGAUCAUAUUAGAAAGCAGGGAGAUGUUGAUGACAAAGGGAACAGGGCAAUCCUGUUGUCGAAGGAUCAUGCAGAUUGUUAUCAGAAUCGUGGGAAAUCUGAAAAUGAUGUAAGGAAUGUGAAAGAUUUGUUUCCUUCAUCUGCAUUAAUAGAAAUAAACCAUACAGAUGCACAAUCACCUUUGAGCUUUCAUCAGUCUGAUGCUGAAGAAAUAUCAGGAGAUACAGAAUGUUCAGAUGCUGGAGCUGUAUCAGUUAGAAAAUCUGUUAAGGAUGUCAUGGUUAGUAGUGUCUCUGUUGACAAUGAUAUUUUGGAUCAAUAUCCAGAUGUAUUUCACAAAGCACCUGUUGUCGUUUUGAAUAAACUUGAACCCUGUGCAAAUGCAUUAGAAUGUGAUGGUGAAGGAAACUCACCAGAAAGUGAUGUUGUUGAAACUGCUAACUGUAUGAUUGAUACUACUGCAAUAACUAUUUCUGAUAAUGAUUUUGAUAUUGGUGAUAAAGAAACUCAGUACUUCAGUACUGAAGUACAACUAGUUGAUGAAAAUGGCAUUGAUGAUGAUGAUGAUGAUGAUUUUGAUACUUACGAUGAGAGCGAAGAUGACGAUGAUUUUGAUGAUUUUCAUAAUGACAUUCAUGAUUAUGGCAGCAAUGACUAUGGUAACCAAAGCCUUUACUCAGCAGAAUAUCAUGUUACUCCCAACCAUUUUAUUAAUGAGGAUUUUCAUAUCAAUAAUGAUGUUAAAUGUUUAGAAGUUGUGGAUCCAGUUCAUUAUCAGCAUGAUGCUCCACUUAAUAUAACCUACAAUUGGACUGAUUUUCACACUGAGAAGCGACCAUGUCCAUACUGUCCAGCUGUAUUUGACACGGGCGUUGGCUUGUCAAAUCAUGUACGAGGACAUCUUUAUAGAGUUGGCCUAACUUAUGAUGCUCGUCAUCUAGUUCCACCAGAGCAAAUUGCGUCCAAUGAUAAGAAGCGCCGGAUCAAAAAAAGUGAUGCUCCUGUUAGGCGAAUAAAGAAAGAAGUAAAGUCUGGAUCGUCAACUGAGAAUACUUGUCCUCUCUGUGGUGGGUGGUUUGACACAAAGGUUGGCCUGUCCAACCAUGUCCGUGGUCACCUAAAGAGGUUGGGGAAAACGGAACUGGAAGCUCACAAAUCCCCACUCAGCAUUUUGACUGAAAUGAUGCAAAAUGAAGCAGAAGCUGAAAAUAUUGCAAAGUUGUUAAGCAGCAAACAAUUUAGAUAUAAGCCAUUUGUAUCUCAGAAAUUUGCAACAAGUGAUGGGUUAUUUCUUGCUCCAAAUGGUAUAACCAUAAAACUGCAGCAAAACGAGAUGAACACAAAAUCCUUGUCCUCAACACGAUCAGACUUGCACAAUGACUUCCCUUACCUGCAUUCAAGAAAAUAUAGUGAGGCCCAUGAACAGUCAAGUUCUCUAAUGCAAAUUCUUAAGAAUAAAUUUGGAGAGGAAUCGCCAUCACCUACAAAAUCUCAGCCAGGACGAGGUUAUAUUCAGACUGCAAAAAAACAACUGCCUAAUCACAGACGGCCGUUUCAGUCACAGUUUAGCAGUUCAGUUCUGCAGCCUAGUGCAUCGUUGCAACCGAUGACAAGUGCAGAUGUAACCUAUCAAACAGGACAUCCUGUGAAGUUAAGAACUUGUGUCCAUUGUCAUGCAACCUUUACAAGUGCAGUUAGCCUGGCAAAUCACCUCAGAGUCUAUGCAAGAAGAAAGCAAGCUGGGGAUCUGACUGGCACUCCUUUUGACUGCAAGCAAAAGAGGUCAAGGUCACGGUCUGGGACCAAAAAGAAGUCUUCCCUAUUUGUUCCGUCUCUUGAUGAUGCUUAUGUACUCAAAUGCAGGUUUUGUGAUCUGGUCUUCCGGGGUCCGCUUUCUGUCCAAGAAGACUGGAUCAAGCACUUGCAGCGGCAUGUUGUUAAUGCGAAUCUUCCUCGCACUGGUGCUGGAAUGGUAGAAAUCUCAUUGCCGUCAAAAGAAAAUUUCCCAGUAACUGAAUCAUCAUUUUCUUUACUAAUGGCACAAACAGCUUCCUAAAAUUAUGUGAUUGUGAUGAAUUAAUCUGCUGUAAAUUUGAUCUGGUGUUUGUUUCAUUAGCACCUAGUAAAAGUACAUUCUACUCUCUAUUAGGAGGCUUAAUAGAUCACUGCAACAAUAUAAGCUAUUUAUAACCUUAAAAUGAUUUGAAAAUGCUUGAUUUCCUUAAGAGCUCAGAUAAUUAUGCCUACAUAAAUGUAAUUCAAUACAUAGAUCACCAGCCAUUCAGCAUGAAGGAUUCUGUCCCUAGAUUUGCCAUAAUUUGGACAACGCUGUAGGAAAAUAGUUUACAAUAGCUAGUGCUAGAUAUUAGCAUAAGCAGCAAGUCAGAUGUUUCCCUAAUCAUUUCAGAAAGAUAGUCCUAUGCCUGAGGUACCUUAUGGCAGCAGGAAAUGAAGCAUUCAAUUUCACUGACACAUUUACGAACACUAUUCUAACUUCCAAUUUAGUAAGGAAGCAACAUUCCUGUUUAGCAUUGUGUCUAACAACUGUGGAUAGUUAUCUUUGGUUGCAGCAGAAGUGAUUUGGCUGUUUAAUUUAAAAAUAAAAACUUAACGGCAAUCCCCCACAUAAAUUGGCACAGGUUCUUGUUUACUUGCAAUUUCAUUAAAUAAAGUUUUUUUAUAAUAGUACUACACCUUUAAUAGUAAUUAAAGCUGUAAAAACUAUUUUGAAUUUCAACAUUGCCCAUUUCUUCCAUUGCAAAAUGCUUGGAGAUGCACAUGCUGUUCUAGCUAGGAGGGAAGAAUGCCCCAGUUCCUUCCCUAGUCACCAUCAGUUCUGUCCUUUGUCUGCAGGAGCUAUGAUUCUAGUGAGGAGAGUCGGGUGUUUUUCAUUCAGAAUGCCACCUGUCAGAAUGAUGAGAAUAAUGAAAGCUUUCCUGAUAGAAGCAUGUGUGUUAGAGUGAUCAGCCACUUUGGGAUUCUACUUUUAACUUAAUGAUGAUUAGCAUUCAAUGGCUUCCUACUUCAUGUUGUGAAGUAGGAAGACGUUAACACUGAUAAUAUUUUAAAGCAUGAUGCGUAUAAUGAUUCUUCCCUUGCAAAAACAACGCAACCAAACUAAAAACACAUUUUGACUGUUUUAUUUAACAACAAGCAGUACUCUACUGGACUAAAAUCUCCAUAACGUGUUUUUCAUGGAGCAACCUUAUUUGCAUAUCUCAUUCUCAAUUUCUGAUUUUGUUUUCAUCAAUUUUGUUGAAAUUGAAAUCUAGAUGGCUGCUUGCUAUUAUGCAAUUGCUAGUAAUUUUUAGGUCUAUACUAAUACAUUUAACAUUAAGUCAAUGGCAGAUUUUCAUGCAGCAAAAACCAUUUUUGAAUAUGGCAGUGUGUAGAUAAUAGUUCCCCAGUCUAGUGAUUACUGUAUUGCUGUACAUUUAGCAUAUUAAUUGUUUUAGAAUUGUCAUGUUCUUAGAAAGGGGCAUUUAAAUAUAAAUUAUGUUCCUGACAAAGGUCAGUAUUCAUCUUCCUAAGGGUAACUCAACAAAAUGUAUGAACUUGUCUUUUACUAGGUAUAGCAUGUACAUAAAUACCAGGGUGCAUUGCUAUUGAGAUGGAUAUUAUUGGAUUUUAUAUUUGUAUUUUCUAAAAUAGGCUGAAAUAGUAUUUAACCAGUUGACCUAUUUGGAGUAGGUUUACAGGUACUGAUUCAAUGUAGCUUUUAAUUUGCUGAAACCUAAAGUAACUCCUCCUGCCUAACUUUUUUUGAGCUCCCUGUAUUUCAUAAUUGGAUAUUGUAAAAGUAUAUUUUUUCUGUACAAUUUCAUCUUAACUGUAAAGGAAAGCAUGUUCUUUACAACUCUGAGCUCUUAAGAGUUAUGGGUUUUCUGAAAAUUCGCUGUAUCUUUGAGGCAUUGUAAUGCCUAAUUACUGUGUAUCAACAAGUACACUGGUAUAUGAUAUUAAGUGCUCAGACGUGAUUGUGCACGCUCAUAUUUGUAAGUAAACUGCGUAAACACUAUGUGAAAUGUGCUAUUACUACAAGUCUACUUAUCUAGUGGCAGAAAUAAAAUGUACAGUCAUACAUUUAAUACUG